GACUGAGAAGGAAAAGAGGUUAAGGAGGAGAGCAAGACAGAAGAGGGAGAGAGAUAUAGAAAGACAGAGAUAGAGGGAGAUCCGUGACUGCUUCCUCAGGAUGUGGUUUUUCGGUUCAGGGUUUUAAGGGAGGGGGUGACUCUAUGACAACCGAAGACUUACCUUUUGAUCGGUGGCACCUGCGAAAGCAAUAUGUGUGAGAAACUGUUUUCACAUUUAAGUAUGAUAAUGCGCACAAGCGAGGAAGAGAUAGAGAGAGCGCCUGCUUUCACAUGUGGCUGUAUUUUAAUUUCGUUAUCUGAAGACAAGGGUCACACACGGCACAUAACUCACAGGUCGACAUGAACGGAUAGCACGCGAACAAAAGCAACAGGUUAUGGACAAAGAAAGAAAAACACUGUUUUCAGAUGCUAUGAGUGUCCUUUAACUCAAGGGUGCAGCUGUUUGCAACACGCCACAUGGCUGACCAUACAUCUCCUGAGCCCGAGUCGCUCUCUUUUGCUCCUAUGUUUCGCCUUCAGACAGAAGGUCAAAGGUCAAGCCAUGACCUUUACCAACAAGGUUCAAUAAGUGGGCUCGGCCCGUUUGAGGUUCCGUGUGAAGCCACGGAUGGCACUGGAAGUGCUCUAAAUGGAAUUGAUCAAUCGGGGAACGCUGCUUACUGGGGGAAUACGUCCCCUGUGUCCUCUAUAGGACUGAACAGGAACAAGCCACAAACUGGAGUUUAUGAGACCGACUGGAGCUCUACCUGCCACCAACAAGAGGCGUCUGAGAGUUAUGAAACAACUGGCCGUCAGCAACAAAAACUGGACUCAUUCUCAGAGGCCUUUUGCAGUCGUAGCACUUCCCGAAUGCUGGGUGGAGAAGAGCAUAGCGGUUUUAACAACGUUACUCCUCCAUCACAUGCACUCUCCUUCCCUCUGGUUCUAAGCCCACCACCAACCCCUUUGCCUCCAUCUUUUUCUCCUCCUAAACGACCUCAACAUUUUUUGCCCAGCCAGAUUUUGAGUCAAUCACAAAUACAAACACAGACGGAUGGGACGCUGCAGUUUUUCCCCUCUCUACCUUCGCCCUCCACUGGCAGGUUAAAUCAUCCGAUUUGGCUCCAGCUACAAGCUGACGACAGCGAUGGCCUGGAUUUAACGCAGCACCUUCAACAAGAUUCAAACUCCCCCCUGGUUUAUUCAGAGCAUGGAGGGCCUCAUCUAAAACAAAUAAACUCAAUGCAGAAAGACUGCUCACUGCAAAUGUCUCUCAACUCUGCACUGGUUCAACAUCAUCAUCCUCAGGCCUGCGUGCAGCAAGAUCUGGGUCACGAGCACGGGACAUCUGAAGAUCACAUGACAUGGCCUCAGAUGGGGCAAUCAUCCCAUUCAUUUGGACCUUCUCUGCACCAGUCUAGUCUCCAUGUGCAGGGGUCAGGAGAAGGAACUCGAUUUGGUUGUGGACUGAACUUCAGUUUUGGGUCCUCAGACAAACCUCUGGGGUCCUCCAGCACACAGAACGUUCCCAGCUCCGUAUAUACUGGAGUCCCUUUCAACAGUGUGAUCCAGAUGAGUAGAGAGCUCACGGAGGACUGGGAACAAACGACACCUCACUAUACGCCACCUCCAAUGCUGAACCCGACACGUAGUGGAACAGGACUCUUCUGCAACCUACUGUCUUCCCUAGCUGUGGAAAACAGAGCACUGUGGACAGACGAGAGGAAAGAUGACUCACAAAGGUGCAUAAAUAUAGGCCCAGAGUUCCAAGCUGAGCUGCCAGAUCUGAUAAUAGGAAGAGAGCAUGAGAUGUGUUCAGAGGAACCAGUCAGGGAGGAGCUGUUAUGGACACCUUGGACAGAGUUAGAGGAAAAUGACACCCUUUUACAACACGUGGAGAACCUUCUUGACCUGAGUGCCUCCAGUGUUCUACCAGGAGGUGGCGCCAAUUUGGAGCUUGCUCUUCAUAGCCUGUCUCAUUGCCAGGGAAACAUUCUAGCAGCACUGGAGCUGCUGUUGUUUAAAAACUCCCCUCCAUCAGAAAACUAUCACUAUUCUGGCAUGGACAUGUGGACUUUGAGUGAACAAAGACUGUUCCAUAAAGCAUUUGCAAUUUAUGGAAAAGAUUUCUCCUUUAUACACAAAAUGGUGAGAACAAAGCAGGUGUCACAGUGUAUUGAAUUCUACUACAACUCCAAGCGGCUUUCAGAGAAACAAAACAAACAGAGGGAGAGAGAAAAAGAAAGUUUGGAGAAAGAGAGAAUUGCAGCCGUCGUAAGUCAGGUUCCUUCAGCCCCAAAGACAUUGGUUAACCAAACCAGUAUUGACAGACUGAUUCAUACCCCAUCACUUCCCACAAGCUUUCCUUGUAAACAAUGUGGAAAGAUGUUUUAUAAAAUCAAAAGUAGAAAUGCUCACAUGAAGAUCCACCGACAGCAGCAAGAGGACUGGAGGGAAAAACUACAGAUACACCCCAACCAGCACCACAACCUUAACCUGACCAGAGCACUGACUCAUCCAAACCAGCAAAUCUUAACCCAGACCCAUCAUCAGAAUCACAUCCUGACUCAGAGUCUGAUUCAGAAUUUGGUCCAAUCACAGACCCAGCUGGCUUUUCUUCAAAGUGCAAAGACUCAGAGUGCAUGCCCAACUAGCAGUACAGGUUGCAUGGCUCCUACCCAGAAUCCACAGAUUGUGCCCAAAGCACCUUCCUUACAACUCCACACUGGACAUCAGCAGACUUGGGGCUCGCUGCACAGUGUAGACACGGGAGGCCUGUUUUAUAACCGAGGCUCCAUGGUAAACGGGCUCCAUUUAAGCAUACAGGACAGUAUCGGUAAACAAUGGGCUGAUUCCCAAUAACUGACAUACCAAAACUGACUUGUACAGUUUGUUUAAAACUUUCAAUGCCAUAAGGCGUUAUUAAAACAUGUUACUGCUUUCAAAAGUUUUAAAAUUGAAAAACAAAUGUAACAUGGAAAAAAAGAGAAUGCCAAAAAGUGCUUGAAGAAAAGUACUUUUAUUUUAAACAGCACAAGACAAAAAUGCUUAAGAGUCAAGUUUAUUAAAUAUCACAUCAAAUCUAAAAGCCUCCAUUAGGUCCUGGGGGAGAGAAAGAGAAAGUGUUAAUGUAAAUAACCCAUUUCAUCUUCAGCUGUUGCUGUAAAGCAAAAUGAACUUGGUUGUACAAGUUUUUAAACUUGCAUUAAACUUAAAAUUGCUCAACUUAUUCUGAGUAGUUAGAC